AUGGCACCGCAGGCGGCGUGCGUGAACGAGGGCGGCGGCGUCGAGCGCCGAGCAGCACACCACGAGCGCGAGCGGCAGCGCCGACUACUGGAGGCGGCGGGCGGCUCGACUGAGCCGGCGGCGGAGCGGGAGGCGACGGACGUCGAGGCGGUGAGCGCCGCGGACGUGCUGGCCGACGUGGAGGAGAGCGGCCCGAACUACGCCCUUCCGACGGCGAGGGAGGGCCAGAGGGAGCGGCGGGAGCGGCUGCGGGUGGACGAGACGGCGAAGCAGGCGGGGCACACCAUCGUGGAGACGGGAACGCACGUCGAGAUCCUGGGCGAGCAAGGCUUGUGGUGGCCGGCCACCAUCGCGGGGCGGGAGGAGGACGUGGACGGCCGGCUCGUGCACGAGGUCGAAUACGACGGCUACCAGGGCGAGCAGUACUGGCACAUGCUUGUAUGA